AUGCCAAAAUAUAAAAAUGCUAGUGUGUCUAUAUUUGAAUCCGCAUUUGAAUGUAAUCCAAGCAACUAUUACAAUCAAGCUUCGGAAACCACAAUCAUUUCGCAAAUAUCGAGUUUUGGUUCUGUCGCAGGGUUAAUUUUCAUUAUUACAUUUUAUGGUGUAUCUUCUAAGCUUAAUUUUAAAACAACUUGCAUUGUCGAUGAUUUAUUAAUUCUUACCUUUCUUUUAACACCUAUCUUUUCAUGGUUUUUUUCUGCAAAACUUGCUUUAAUUUUUUUUAAUGCGUCGGUCAUAGUUUGUUUAUCACUUUUUGUAUUAAGUUUUUUAAUUGUUCUUUGGUUUGUUUCUGGUUUAGUAUAUUCUUUCCACUUUAUGAAAAAUGAACUAGUUAACUAUAAUUGGGUCCGACAUUCUAUUGUAUGGAUUUGUUUCGCCCAUUCAAUUUUAGUCAUGAUUUUUGAUUUGAAACAUAUUUAUAAAGAAACUAAAGAAUUUCCCACUUUAAUAAUUAUUAAUUUAGAAGGUUUAAAUCUUUUUACGGACUUAAUUCAUUUUACUCUUGCCUCUUGGAUGUUUAUUAGUUAUUACUUUCUGCCCAAACCAAAAUUUAAAAUAGGAAAAAAACUUUUCUUUUUUGUCAUUUUCUUAUCCAUAACACAAUGCUUUUUUGAAUUUUCCUUUUAUUGUACCCCUAAAGAUGGUGAUACAUUUUUUUUCUUUAUUCUAACCACUGUCUUAACUCGUUCAAUUUCAUCAUUCUUCUCUAAUAGUAAAGAAAUCAGGGUUAAAGAUAUUGAAAAAGUUGGAAUGAAAAAAUUUGUAUUUUUACAAAUUGAUAAGCAAAUUUCUAACUAUUUAGGUCAUCAAAGACUUUAUGUAGAAGUUGAUUCAGAAAACUUAGAUGCAAUUGAAUAUGUUAAAAACGUUAAAAGUUUUUACGAAAAUAAAGAAUACGAGAAAGUCAGAUCCUUUUAUAAAAAACUUAUCGAACAGUCCGGUGGUGAAGAUGAGAAAUAUUUGAUGAGUAUCGAACAGUCUGGUAGUGGAAAUGAGGAAAAUUCGAUUACCGAACAGUCCAGUAGUGGAAAUGAGGAAAAUUCUAUUACCGAACAGUCCAGUAGUGGAAAUGAACGGUCCAAACAGUCCAGUAGUGAAAAUUUGAUUAUCGAACAGUCCAGUAGUGAAAAUUUGAUUAUCGAACAGUCCAGUAGCGGAAAUGAACAGUCCAAACAGUCCAGUAGCGGAAAUGAACAGUCCAAACAGUCCAGUAGUGGAAAUGAGAACGGAAAAAAUAAAAAAUAUAAAUGUAGUAUUGUAAAAAAUAUUAUCUCUGAAAGUUUUAAAAAACCAGUUAACAAAAGAUUUAUAAUGAAAAAAAUCGACAGGAUUGAAAAAAAUCCUAUGAAGAUCCCAGGAACAAAAAUUAUAGCCGAAGGUCUUAUUAAUUAUGCAAGAAUUUAUGCCAAUAUUCUGGAAACCGGAUUAUUUCAGUAUAUCACUUAUUCACAUCGGUCAAACAAGAAUAUUAAUGACAAAAAAAAUGAAAUGAUAGAAAUAAUAAUUGAAAAUGAUAACAGAAAAGAAAUAUUAAAAAUAAAAAAAUCAAAAGCAAAAUGGUUUGUAAUUCCCAGGUUUAUGGAAUCUAAAGAUAUGUUAGACAAAGAAUUUAAAUUAUGUAAAAAUUUAGAAGAUAAACUCAAUAUUGAACAUUGA